AUGGCGGAGGAGGUGGCUGGUGCAAUUCUUGAGGUCGUUCUAGAAGUGGUGCUCUCCGGCGUGGUGGAGGCAGUGUGCAGCGCCAGGACAGAGAGUUCCUCGACAACAACCACCACAACCACCACCACCGCUUCCUCUACGAGCUCGUCCUCGUCCUCGUCGGUAUCCCAGAGCCCCAGCCCCUUUGGCUACACCAAGCGGGUCACCAAGGCCGGCUACCUCGUCAAGGAAGGGCACCUGUGGAAGUCUUGGAAGAGGCGAUGGUUCACGCUACGCGGCACCGUCCUCACCUACCACGAGUCUUGUGAGCGCUACACUGACUCGCACUACGGCGACCGCACGUGCAUAGUGGUGGAGGACAAGCAGAACGAGGGCAAGGUGUUCUACCUGUUCCCCACAUGUGGCGGUGGCGGCACACAAACGAGCGAGGAGGAGCAGAUCAUGGACUGGAUGACGGCCAUCGACAAAUGCCAGGCCAAGGCGGCCCUCGCCUCACAACCGGUCUUAGCACCUCCCACGGGAAUACGGCAGAGAUUCUCGCUUUGA